AACAUGGAUGGAGACGUAGCUGUAGUUGGCAUUGGGUGCAGUUUUCCAGGAGGUGAGGACCUCGACAAUUUCUGGAAAGUCCUUGUUAAUGGGAGAAAUUGUGCUAUGGAAAUUCCAGAGGACAGGUUUGACUUAACACACUGGUAUGAUCCUGAAGACAACAUUCUGGGGAAAACACAGACUACUAAAGCUGCUUUCAUAGAGGGGUUUAAUGAGUUUGAUCACAAGUUUUUUGGCAUUUCUGAGGAUGAGGCUAACUUCAUGGAUCCCCAGCAGAAGCUCCUUCUGCAAUGCUCUUAUAGAGCACUGGAGGAUUCUGGGAUUCCACUGGAAAAAGUCAGUGGUUCCAGAACAGGUGUUUAUAUAGGGCUCAUGAACAGAGACUAUGAAACACUAUUAAACAACAGCCCUAGCACAAUAACACACUUUAACGGCACAGGAACAGCUAUGAGCAUAGCUGCCAACAGGAUCUCCUAUACCUUCAACCUUACUGGGCCUUCGUUCACCAUUGACAGUGCCUGCUCAUCCUCCUUAGUUGCGCUCCAUUCUGCUUGUCAGGCAAUCAGACAAGGUGAUUGUGAAAUGGCUCUUUGUGGAGGUGUGAGCUGCAUUCUUGAGCCACGGGUUUUUGUGGCUUUGAGCAAAGCGAAAAUGAUCUCACCAGGAGGCAUUAGUAAGCCAUUCUCCAAUACAGCAGACGGAUAUGGAAGAGGAGAAGGCUGUGGAAUACUUCUGCUAAAGCCUUUGAACAAAGCUCUUCAUGACUUUGACCACAUCUGGGGCAUUAUCUGUAAAACUGCCGUGAACCAAGAUGGACAUGCAGUCUCUCCUAUGACAAAGCCAUCCAUGGUCCAGCAGGUGGAGCUGCUCAACAGAAUCUACUCUGCAGAGACCUACCUGUCUGAUGUGCAGUAUGUAGAAGCUCAUGGGACUGGGACUCCAGUGGGAGAUCCAAUCGAGGCAGGUAGCAUUUCCAAAGUCAUUGCCAAGGGAAGACCUGCAGGGUUAGGGCCGCUCUGUAUCGGCUCUGUUAAGGGUAACAUUGGGCACACAGAAUCUGCAGCAGGAGUAGCAGGACUCAUUAAGGUCCUCCUGAUGAUGAAGCAUGAAACCAUUGUUCCUUCAUUGUUUUACACAGAGGAAAGUUCUAGCAUAGAUGCUCAAGCUCUCAAUCUGAAAAUUCCCACGAAAGCUGAGAAAUGGCAUUGUACUGGUUCCAUGGGCCGAAUGGCUGGAAUAAAUAGUUUUGGAUUUGGGGGCACUAAUGCACACGUCAUCGUCAGGGAAAAUACACAUGCUACAGCCUCUAGUUUAGAUACUCUCAGUUCAAAGAAAUUGUUUCCAUUGUCUGCUGCCACAAGUAAGUCCCUUGAAAUGUGCAUUGCUGACACAUACCAAAGGAUAAGCAAAGACACCAAAACUGACAUACAAACGCUUUUGUAUACAUCAGCGUGCAGAAGAAGUCACUCAAAACACAAAUACAGGAAGGUGUUUGUUACAACAUCUCUUUCAGAUUUAGAGGAACAGCUAAAAUCUACCCUGAACAGAAAUUUUCUUCCAGUAAAACCAGACAUCAAAGUAGUGUUUGUGUUCUGUGGAAACGGUGUUACUUAUAGAGGUAUGUGCAAACAGCUUAUGAAAGAGGAACCUGUUUUCAGGGAAAAGAUCAGGGAGAUAGAAAACUGCUUUCAGAAUUACAGAAGCACAAGUAUUAUACAAAAGAUAAACAGCUUUGACAAUGAUGAUUUCUCAAAACCAGACAUUGUACAGCCUCUUCUUUUUGCCAUCCAGGUUGCCAUUGCUAACCUGCUAAAGCACUGGGGCAUCAGGCCUGUUGCUGUUCUUGGGCACUCCAUUGGAGAGGUUGCUGCUGCCCAUUGCUCUGGACUGUUGUCUCUUAAGGAUGCAGUGAAAGUUAUGUAUUAUCGGAGUGUUCUGCAGAGCAAAGUCACUGGAGGGAAAAUGCUGGUUGUUGGUAACAUAGCUGUGUCAGACAUUCUGAAAAUUCUUCCAGACUAUACAGGGAGGGUUUGCUUAGCGGCUGUGAACAGUCCAAUGUCAUGUGUACUGUCAGGUGAUAAAGAUGCUGUUGAGACUGUGUACCAAAUUUUGAAGAGUUCUGUUCAGGGCAAGAACCUGUUCCUUCAUGUGUUGGAGGUUCCUGCUGCCUACCAUAGCCAUAUGAUGGAUCCAAUACUGAGUCAAAUUAAAGACAGCAUAGGAUCUUUAAGUCAACAUGAAAUGGAGUGUGAGCUAUUUUCCACUGUAACAGGAAGGCCUUGCUGUAUAGGGGACUUUGUAAGUGGUGAUUACUGGGCAAGAAAUAUUCGAAACCCAGUAGCAUUUGAACAAGCUGUAAAAGCACUGGGCAGCAAUAAGAAGAAUGUGGUCUUUGUUGAGAUUGGCCCAAGAAGGGCUUUGCAGAGGAACAUUGUGGAGACUCUAGGAAAUGACACAGUAGUACUUUCCUCAGUACAGCCAGACAAAGAUCAUGAGACAAUACUUUCUGCUGUGUCAAAACUCUUUGAGCAGGGAGUCAAUGUAAACUGGGAUCAGUUCUACAAUGGGUUUGAAUCACCACCAGCUUCUUACCCCAGAUAUCAGUUUGACUGCCUAAAGAAAGAGGUACAUUUUGAACAAGUAAGACAAGGUAAUGAGGUGGUGGCUCACUGUUCUCAUCCACUAAUAAUUCUCCAUAAACAUGACAACAGACUGAUAAAAUGUAAUCUAUCAGCAGAAGUCACUCCAUUCAUUUGGGAGCACAAGAGCAAUGGCAUAGUGAUUGCUCCAGGUGCCUUGUACGUUGAACUGGCUUUUGCCUCUGUCAUGGAAACUGUUGUCCCAAAGAUGCCACUUUCCUCUCUUCAGCUAACUAUUGACUUUCAGACCUUACUUGUUCUUAGUAAGAGCUUUCAUUUUUUGAAAGUGCAACUGGAGCCAUCUGAGAAUAAGGCUCUGUUUCAGAUACAGUCUUCUGCUGCUGUGCAUGCAUCAGGCAGCAUUACUUAUACAAGAGGACCAGCUGUGACUGAGCACCACGAAAUUGACUUGGAUGUCAUUUUGAAGAGAUGUUCAUUGGUCAUAACAAGGGAACAGGUCUAUACCACUCUUAACCAGGCAGGAUUUGAGUAUGGGCCCACCUUUCAACAGCUUGGUAACAUCCACUAUGGCGAGGAAUUCAAGGAGGCAGUGGCCACUGUUAAGAUCCCAGAUGAAUUGCUUAGACAACUGUAUGAGUACUACUUGCAUCCAGCUGUAUUAGAUUAUUUUCUACAGAUGACCUCUGUUUUAGGCUUGAAUAACAGGACUACAGGAACAGGAGGUUUUCCCUCUGCAAUUGGCAGCACAGUAAUAUCUGCGCCUCUGUGUAAGGAUAUGGAAAUAUAUAUGAGGAUUUCUCAGGAGAUGUCGGAAUACUUUGAGGUAUGUGGUUGUUUCACGGACAAAAAAGGACACAUCUUGAUUGAACUGAAGGAUGUCAGAAUCACAAUUCUUGGCGAAGGAAGGAAAACAAUUGAUUCAUACUUCUUUCACAAUGAAAUACUCACAGCCAAUGUAAGUACCAGCAUUCACAGCAAACCGAAAGCUGUUGUCUUUGAGGAUACUUUAGGUAUAGCUAAUGCUUUGAAGCCAUCACUGCAUCCAUCUUCAGUAUUUGUCUCUCCUACUGAUGUAAAUUGUAGUUUACCAGCAGAAGUUCCUGAUUUACUAUUGCAGUCUGAUCAGAAUGCAGCUGAGAAAAUUCUCUUUAUCUGGAGCUCUCUGAAUCUGAGUCACCUUAAAACCCAGGCAGUUCUAGAACACUUGGUUCACACCUGUGAGCUUGUCCGUAAAAUUGUUUUGACUUUGAGGAAAUGCAAGCAUUUGCGCACUAUUCAUAUUAUAAUGUACAGAUCAUCUGAGAACACUGUUGAUCACAUCAGUCCUGGAUUUGUGCUGUCUGGCUUGACAAGGGCCUGUGCUGCUGAGUUGUCGGAAAUCUCUUUUCAACUGAUAGAUCUUGCCACAGUAUCAAGGGAGGACAUAGAAACAUUAGCUUAUGUGAUUAGCUCCUAUAAAAGCCAUGAUAACCCAGAGGUUAUGAUAAGCAAAGGCCAGGUUAAAUCAACAGUGAUAACACGUACACCCAUCCACAUGACAGCAGAAGGCAAGAGCUCUUUACUAUCUGAUUACUUCAUCCUACAGACAGCCAACCCCUAUGACAUGGUACGUUUGUCAGCCAUACCUAUUCAUAGUGUAGAUCAUCUUUCUGAAGGACAAAAUGUGGAGGUGCAGCUCUAUAAAAUAUGUGUGCACUCCUCAGACUACUUUCCAGUCACUAUAUCCGAACUAAAAUGUGGUCAUAAAAUAUACUGGCAAAAGCAUGCUUCUUCUCAGAACCACAAACUUUUAGCUCUUGAUUUCAGUGGCAUUGUCACUGCUGUGGGUAAAGAUGUCAGAAAACUGAAAGUGGGAGACCAUGUUGUGUCUUGUUACCCCAUUGCAGCAACCUCCAAAGUUGUCCUUCCUGACAGUGCUUGCUACAAAACAAAGAAACUUCAGUUUUUGAAGGACAUUCCUUGUGUCUCCUACUUUGUUCUUGCUUGGGAGAUCUUAAGCAGUGCUUUACCAAAGGCCAAGCCAAAGAAGACAUUGGGCAUUUUCUCGACUGUUCCAGACUCAGCUCUGAUGAAGGUGUUAUCCUUCACUGCAAACAAGUCAGGAUGGAAUGUUGUCAAACAAAGGGAGCUCACUGGACUCAUCCAAAAUGUAGACCAGUGUCCUGUUUUUGUCCUCUUACCUCCUUAUGAUCAGUCAUGGAUAGCACAGCUAGGCAGUGUUGCAGGUGCAAGCCAUAUUUUUCUGGUCUGUGACAAAAAGGACUUAUCAAGUGUUCUUCAGAGUGACAGUGAGAGCACAUGUUUUCACUUUCUUAAGUUGCGUAACAUUAUCCAGAAGUCUCAUCUCAAGACACAGAAAGCUCACAUAUACAGAUGGCUAAAAAUGAUGAACUUGGACAGGACAUGGUUAUCCUUACACAGCAACACUUUCCAGGUCACUGAGGCUGAAGCCACAAGUUACCAGAAUAGAGAUGUUCAGUCUUAUUUUAGCACCAAAACGGUCUCUAUGAUUGUUCUGGGUAAUGGUGGGUCAGUAGCUGGUGUUUCUCAUAUCAACUUACAACCCAAACCAAAGCAGCUAUUUACAAGUAAUGGUGUGUACAUAGUUUCAGGUGGUCUGUCUGGUUUGGGACUUGAAACAGUCAAGUUCAUUUCAAACUGGGGUGGGAGGUGCAUUACUACACUCUCACGGAGUGCCCCAUCUGAAGAAACACAGCUGCAGAUCUGCAGCCUCAAGAGACAAUAUGGAGUACGAAUUAUUACUCUCCAGUGUGAUGUGUCUGUAUCAGACCAGGUAUUGAAAGCAAUAACUGUUAUUGGAGAAAAGUUCCCUUCUUGUGCGAUAAAAGGCAUAUUCCACAGUGCUGCUGUGCUGCAUGAUGGGUUGCUUGAAACACUGGAUAAGUCUCUCUUUGAAAAAGUCUUGCGACCCAAAGUCAGUGGUGCACUGAACCUUCACUAUGCUACUCUCAACAGCAAAGUUGAUUACUUUGUGUGCUACUCAUCCAUCUCCUCUUUCAUUGGCAAUGCUUCUCAGACAAAUUAUGCAGCAGCCAACUCAUUUCUAGACUCUUUGUGUCACUACCGGCGUAACAUCGGACUUGCAGGACAGUCCAUCAAUUGGGGGCCUCUGAAACUGGGCCUUCUGCUAAACAAAGAGGAUUCUCAGAAAUUUCUAGAGGCCAAAGGGCUGAUGACCAUGGAAGUGCCUGAAGUACAUGAAGCUCUAAAACACUGCUUAAUGGAGAACAAGCCUCAGCAAGUUGUGUGCAGAUUCAACUUCAGAAACUUGAGGAACAAUAUUCUGUCUCAAAAUUCCUUUCUAAAAGUUCGACUGACAGCUUUAAUUGAAAAAGAGCUUGAAAUCAAAAUAGAGAAUGAGCCCAGGAAAGAUAUGCAGUCUUCUUUUGAUAACUAUGUAAGAUGCAUGUUAGGUGACAUUUGCAAUGUUGAUGUAGAUGAGCUUGAAGAUGAAACUGUUCUUGCUGCAGUGGGCAUUGAUUCAAUGAUGGCAAUGACGAUGCAAAAUCGAAUUUUUCAGGAAAUUGGAGUGAACAUUCCACUUGUUACUUUACUUGACCCUAACAACACUGUUUCCUCGCUGAUUGCACUUCUCGAGGAAAGUGCAGAAUGUAAAAAUGAUAUAUAUCUCUAA